AUGAUUGCAUCACGACAAUUAAUUCGAUCAAUCGUGCUCAAAGAAAGUUUCAGUCGUUUGUGUUCGGAUACCGUCGUUGCAUCUACGCCGAAUAUUACCAAAGAGGCAUUAAAAGAAUUACGAAAGAAGACUGGAUACAGCUAUGUAAAUUGCCGCAAAGCACUCAAUAAAUUUGGAACAGAUAAUCUAAAUGAGGCUAUCAUAUGGUUGAAAAAAAGGGCAGUAGAAGAGGGCUGGGAGAAGGCUGCAAAACUUAGUGAUAGGCCAACAAGACAAGGUAUUGUGUCGGUGAUAACAAAGGGGAAUAGGGCAGCUGUUGUUGAAUUGAAUUGUGAGACGGAUUUCGUUUCGAGAAGUCAGGAUUUUAAACGAUUGGUUGAAGAUGUGGUUAAAGCGGUUUUGCUUGCUGCUGAUCGAGAUGGAACGAUUAGUGAUGGCUUUGAACUAUUGAAUUCAAAUAUUAAUUCUCUCAAAACAUCGGAAAAUGGCAAGCUUGUGAAAGAUUUGAUUACGGAAGCAAUCGGCAAACUUGGCGAAAAUAUAAGUCUUUCAAGAGCACAACUAAUAUUGGCGCCACCUGAUAUUCAACUUUUUGGCUACGCACAUCCCAAAGAAGGUACUGAAGCAGUGUGUAUGGGGAGAUAUAUAUCGGUUGUUGGUCUGAAGAAGUUGAGCAAAACUAAUUUUCCAACAGAAAAGCUGGGACAUCAAUUAUGUCAACAUAUUGUAGGAAUGAGAACUUUGACACUGGGUACACCGUUAUCUGAAAAGAAAAUAACAUCUAUAAAUGAGGAAAUCCCUCAGGAAGACGAAAGCAAUGCCUUUUAUGAUGGAGAGAUCACACAUAUCGAUGAAAAUGAAACUCAGCUAUUAAGACAGGCAUUUAUGCUGAAUCCUUCGCAGACAGUUCACGAAUAUGUUGUUGGACAUGGAGCCAGUAUUGUUGAUUUUUAUCGUGUUGAGUUGAGUAAGGAUUGA